AUGUCGGACAAGAAAUCCGACGACACGGUCCUCAUGUCCAAUGGCCAUGGAGACGGCAUCGCCAACGGCCGCGACGGCGACGCCCGCAAGCAGCCCUUUGCGAGCUUCUCGCCCGCCCAGGCAAAGACGGAUGCGCUCAAGGAGUUGGGACCGUCCAUGGCAUCGCUGGACAAUAGCCGCGGCGCGUCCGUCUUGGCCUACUGUCUGAGUUCCAUGAGCAUGACCAUUGUGAACAAGUACGUUGUCUCGGGCUCUGACUGGAACAUGAAUCUGUUGUAUCUCGCCGUUCAGUCCAUUGUCGGAACCGUGGCGAUUCUCAUGUGCAAGCAGGCUGGCAUGGUCAAAGACCUAGGUGCAUUCGACGCGCAAAAGGCAAAGACUUGGUUUCCUAUUGCUCUGCUACUCGUCGCCAUGAUUUACACGGGCAACAAGGCCCUCCAGUACCUCUCUGUUCCCGUGUACACCAUCUUCAAGAACUUGACCAUUAUUGCCAUUGCCUACGGAGAGGUCCUCUUGUUCGGGAGUAGCCUCACUCCGUUGACACUCGUCUCGUUCAUCAUGAUGGUGUUUAGUUCGGUUGUGGCCGCGUGGGCGGAUGCCAAGAGUGCCGCCACGGCUGCCGCCAUGGCCACCUUGAACCUGGGCUACGGAUGGAUGGGCAUCAAUGUUUGCUGUGCCGCCAUGUAUGCCCUCAGCGUGCGCAAGGUUAUCAAGAAGACGGGCUUCAACAACUGGGAAGUCAUGUAUUACAACAACCUACUUACCAUUCCUGUCCUCCUCAUCUCAUCUCUCCUUGUCGAGGACUGGUCCUCUGCCAACCUCAGCAUCAACUUCCCCGCCAGUUCUCGCUACAGCAUGUGCACCGGCAUGGUCUACUCGGGUCUCGGUGCCAUCUUCAUCUCCUACUCAACCGCCUGGUGUAUCCGCGCCACUUCUUCCACCACAUAUGCCAUGGUCGGUGCGCUGAAUAAGUUGCCCGUCGCAAUUUUGGGCAUCGUUUUCUUCGCCGCACCAGUCACCUUUGGCAGCGUCGCCGCCAUCAUCUUGGGCUUUGUAAGCGGUAUCGUGUAUACUGUUGCCAAGCUUCAGAAGGGCAAGGAAAAGCCUCAGCCUGCACUGCCGCUGACCAACAAGCGAUAG